CUUCUGCUUCUCAUUCUAUGCACGCUCGCUUCGCCCACUCGCUGCACGCUCUCUUCGUCGCCUCGCUCCGUCUUGUUCGAACGCCCUGUCCUCCGGCUCUGUACCAUGGCCAUCCGUUCCUCCAUUGGUGCUGUUGGUUGAGCUUUGUUGGAUUUCGCGUUGGCUCCUUCGUAGGAGCCUGGGUCAUUCUGUCCUUGCUGUCCAGGUUGUUCCAUCUUGCUGAUUUGGUGCAGAAUCUCCGUUUAGCUCAUCGCUGCGUCUUCAUUCUGCUUGUUGGGCCGCGUCAAGUGUGGCCUCUGGGCUGCUUGUGUCUCCUUGGCCCAUUUAUUCGUGAUGCAAGGAAAUGGUGUCUGUGUUGUCCCCUCCUGCAGCCGUUAGAUCUAGCCCCUUGCAUGAAACAUGAUACCAUUAUACAGCAGUGCAAGUGUCUUGCCUGAUGGUCAUUAAAAAAUUCAUAUACACGAAUGGUUGGACUGAAUUUUUCAACAUAAUAAGUACUUGUUUUCUACAGUUGGUAGCAUAUAUAUAUAACUUACGGAGAUCUCAUGUAAUAGGAACAGACAUCUAAGUCGAAACUUGGGGAUCAUCUUAUAGCCUCAUGUUCACUUCUCUCCCUUUUAUUUCAUCUCAUUCCAUCGUUUAAGCAUAAGCUCAGUUUCAUUUGCUCAAGUUGGAGCUGUGGUGUACCUCUGGAUGAGUAUGCUACUGAGAGGGUUUAGAUCAGAGAACUAAACAAGUUGUGGGUCAGUGGCUAACCAAAUGCCACUGACCAUACAUCUCUUUGUUACUUGGAUACUAACAGCAAAUCAAAAUGAGCAGGGA